AUGUUGGAAAACACAACCGACUACUCACUUAGCCAUGGAUACACAGAACACGUAACAUUCGAUUUGUGGCAUUUCAUUUACGAAAAUGACACGUCAUACAAUGACUCUUUUGUGGAAACGGAUCCUGUAUAUCCUGGGGCCGGUUUUCCAAGCGGAUACAGUUGGCCCACUGUCAUCAUUUCGACAUGCUUCAUUGUCAUACUGGUCAUUCUCGUCGGACUUGGGAAUGGUCUCGUCUGUAUAGCCAUCUACACGGACAAGAACCUUAAAAUUACCCAGAAUGCUUUUAUUGCUUCACUGGCGGUGGCCGACAUGCUACUUGGCUUAGUGGUAAUGCCGUUUUCGUGGUGUAACGAAAUGAUGGGAUACUGGUAUUUCGGUAAUGUGUGGUGCGACCUCUGGUUGUCAAUUGAUGUACUGUUGUGUACGGCAUCCAUUUUGAACCUCGUUCUGAUCAGUCUAGACAGAUAUUGGUCCAUCACCCGGGCCCUUCAUUACCCCCAGCAGAGAACACCAAAACGAGCAGCGAUCAUGAUCGCUAUUGUGUGGAUUCUUUCAGGUAUCAUCUGCCUUCCGCCUUUGAUCGGCUGGAAACAGCCACGACAAGAAACUGACACCAAAUACCCGAUCUGUUUUCUAAGCGAAGACAUUGGUUAUGUCCUCUAUUCUUCCUGUGGCUCUUUCUACAUCCCAAUGGUGAUUAUGGUGAUCGUCUAUUUCCGUAUAUAUCUCGCCGCUCGCAAGAGGGCGCGUGGGUCGCUCGCCAGCAAACCGAAAGUAGUCUGUCCGGACAACAUCAGAGACAAAAGUACGUCAUCAACAACCACGAGUUUCACAACACCUCCAAAAAACAACAAUCAAAAAAGCAUGAACGUCACAACUACAAACGCUGCAAACGUGACACCGAACGCCAACGUUGGAAGAAGGGGCAGCAAAGGUGGAGGCAGAGGCGGAGGCGCGGCUGACGACGACAAAGAAUCGUCGUUUUCCGACGAAGAUGCCGUGCCAGUGACCCACGACAACAGUUUAAAAGUUCCCAGUCGGGAUCGAACCCAUCAACAGUUCCUUCAAACGGAGGACGAACAACGGAAAUUAUUGCCGACUGACUCGGAUUCCAUGUCUGUCGAUAAUCGGCUGCGAAUUGCAACUAGUGAUAGCGAGGUGGGCGAGAUCCGGUCCCCGAACCAGCGCUUAGUUCUGGUCACCGACACCGAGUCGUCGAUGGAGUCUCCAAAGAGACAGCGACACCAGGGGGACGUCUCGACUGAACUGGAGACAGUAGAAGAAAACGUGAAGCCACUACUAGCCGGGGAUACGGAUUCAACAUGCUUCGACUCGCCUUACUUGUCUCCUGAGACCCAAAUGACGGACACAGGCACAGCGACAGAGGUGAAAACCCCGAGUUUAAGCCGCAGGGAGUCGAAUCACAUUAACCAACAAUCCCCGCAACAAAACCAAAUAAACUCGCAACACAGUCAAACCAACCAGACCCCACACGGUGAAGACAACCAUACUACACAAUACGCCGGCCCAACGCCGAACAUCAUCACAUCGCCACUUCCUUGCCAAUCGGUGGGUGUGGGUAUAAAGGCUUUUAGACAUGAAAUUUGCACACAUACAGACAUUUUUGCUCUCUCUCAUCAUCAUUCUCUAUACACUUUAAUUUCUUUCUGUCUGUCUGUACAUCCAUCCAUCCAUCUAUCUAUCUAUCUAUCUAUCUAUCUAUCUAUCUAUCUAUCUAUCUCAGUUCCUUAUUUAUCUAUCACAGUCUAUUUAUAUCUAUCUAUCUAUCUCUAUUAUCUAUCUAUCUCUUUUUGUUCCUUAUCUAUCUGUCUAUCUAUCUAUAUAUAUAUAUAUAUAUAUAUAUAUCUGAGCCUGUUCAUAUCUAUCUAUCUAUCUAUCUAUCUAUCUCAGCCUGUGCAUAUCUAUCUCAUUCUCUUCCUACUGUUUUCUCUCUCUCUCUCUCUCUCUCUCUCUCUCUCUCUCUCUCUUUCUCUUUCUCUGUCUCUCCUUCUCUCUCUACAUCGCACAAGCGAUAUUUUCGCUCUCUCUCAUUCUCAUAUUCUAUACUCUAUAAUUUCUUUCUCUCUGUCUGUACUUCUAUUUAUCUAUCGAUCAAUCUAUCGAUCUAUGUUCCUUAUCUAUCUCUGUUCCUUAUCUAUCUAUCUGUUCAUUAUCUAUCUAUCUAUCUAUCUAUCUAUCUAUCUAUCUAUCUAUCCCAAUUUAUUUUUCUAUCUCAAUCUAUUCAUAUCUAUCUGUCUCCAUUACCUAUCUCUCUCUUUAUGUUCAUUAUCUGUCUAUCCAUCUAUCAAUCUAUCUGAGUCUGUUCACAUCUAUCUAUCUAUCUAUCUAUCUAUCUAUCUAUCUAUCUAUCUAUCUAUCUCAUUCUGUUCAUAUCUAUCUCAUUCUCUUCCCAUUGCUCUCUCUCUCUCUCUCUCUCUCUCUCUCUCUCUCUCUUUUUACGAUUCACAUGAGAAAAGGAAAGAACAAUGUCUGGUUUAUAGAAGUUGGAUUGUUAUUGUUGUUCGGCUUACCAUUUAG